UACAUCUCGUCCCUGUUGGUAUCCAUGUUACCCGCUGGGUUUGUUUUAUGUCUGGGAAUCGCUGUUUGAACGUUUUCCCUACCCCAGGCUCUUCACCUUAAACCGACGCAUCCGCCAGCAAAGCCACCAUCCGCAUUUUUUUAAUAUCCCGGGAUGAAGUCAGCGCUUGGUUGCGUACUCAGUGCCCUUGUGGCGAGUGUGUGUGCCUCCUCUCUCCGUUCUCUACGACACUCCCCUCUCCAUGCUCUACGGCAAACACCACCACAACUCGAUUACAAUCUCCUUCCUCGGGCCGCAUGUGACAACACAAACAAAUCACGACACUGCUGGGGAAACUACUCUAUCGAUACAAACUAUUACGAUGAAGGACCAGACACGGGAGUCACUCGCGAGUACUGGUUGUCGAUAGAAGAAGGACCUUGUGAGCCAGAUGGCUACGCUCGCCAAUGUCAAACGGUCAAUGGGACGGUUCCGGGUCCUACCAUCAUCGCCGACUGGGGUGACAGCCUUAUCAUUCAUGUUACCAACAACCUGCAGUCCAACGGCACCGCCAUCCACUGGCAUGGUCUUCGCCAAUCUGGUAGCAACAUCUACGAUGGAGUUCCAGGAAUCACUCAAUGCGCCAUUGCUAUCGGGCAGUCCAUGACUUACCAGUUUAAGGUCAGCCAGUAUGGGUCAACCUGGUACCACAGUCACUUCAGUCUACAGUACGCGAACGGUGUUUUUGGUGGCAUGAUCUUUCACGGACCCGCAACUUCCAAUUACGACGAGGACCUGGGCCAUCUCUUUCUCUCAGACUGGUCCCACGUUGAUGUCUUUACUCGGUGGUUUGCCGCCCGGAACGGUCAACCUCCUGCCCUGGAGAGCGGUCUCAUCAACGGAACCAACAAAUACGACUGCAGCAACUCAACAACUGACCCGAACUGUACCGGACGAGGAGUAAAGUUAACAACUGUGGUUGAGAAGGGCAAGAAGUACCGCCUUCGCUUGGUCAAUGCGGCUAUCGAUGGUGUGUUCCAGUUCAGCAUUGACAAGCACAAGUUGAAGGUCAUCGCUGCCGAUCUCGUUCCCAUCAAGCCCUACAGUACCUCUAGUUUGAAACUCACCGAGGGCCAGCGGUACGAUGUCAUCUUCCAUGCCAACCAGGCAGUUGACAACUACUGGAUACGUGCCGGGUGGUUGAACAGCUGCCAGCCAAAUGAACAUCCCGACAGCAUCACCUCUGUCCUUCGGUACAAUGUCAGCAGCACCUUAGACCCGACCACGACAAGUGAUGUUACCCUUAGCACCGAUUGCCUUGAUGAACCUCUGUCAUCGCUUGUCCCCCAUCUCAAGAUCGAUGUCACCAAUAUCCAAAAAAGCUUUGACACGUACUUGAACAUUUCGAAGACAAAUUACGUUCACUGGACCAUCAACACAAGCAGUCUGAUCAUCGACUGGGCCAAUCCAACCUUGAAACAAGUGUUCAACGGCGAGAGCCUGUUUCCAACCGACUACAACGUUCUCGCUGUCAAUAAAAACACCAACGACUCCGAAUGGAUCGUCCUCGUCAUCCAAGACCAAUCCAACCUCGGUCUCGAACACCCCAUCCACCUACACGGCCACGACUUCUGGAUCCUUGACCAGUCCACCGGCACCUUCGACGCCUCCACCUCUCCAAACAACUUCAAGACCAAGAACCCCCCGCGCCGCGACGUCGCCGCCCUUCCGGGCAACGGGUAUCUCGCCAUAGCGUUCAUGCCCGACAACCCCGGAGCGUGGCUCUGCCACUGCCACAUCGCUUGGCACGCGAGCGAAGGGUUGAGCUUGGAGUUCCUCGAGCGCGAGGCGGACAUCCAGGCGGACGUGAGCAAUUCGGAUCUGACGCAGUUCAACGACAUUUGUGGAAAUUGGUCAAAUAGCUUGGGCUCGCAGUCUUUCCAGCAGGAGGACUCGGGUAUUUGAAGUGGAGGAGGUUCCAGACAGGGAGGGCGGGCAGGUGCGAUACCUAGCGGGGCCAGUGCACCACUGACUGGGUGGAAUGAUCUAUCUUUCUCUCAAAGGGCAUCUGGGUAUUGGGCCUGGGGUGGGCCGCAACGGAGGAAAAAGGGGACUUCACACUGUAGCGUGCUCUGUCAGUCGGUCUACCUCA